GCAGUUGGUUUUCUCCAUAGUGUCACUGGCUGUGUGUGAGAGGCCUCGAGAGCUGAGGAGAGCAGGGUGUUUAGAUCAGUUACUGCAACCAAAGAGAGACACCCAGAUAGGGGAGACGGACAAAAAGGACUGUCUGAAGCUGUCUGGAGCUCAAGAAAAGAGGGAGACCAAAGAAAAGAAACCUGUUCAACUCCAAAACAGAGAGAACCAGACAGAGCAACAUAGAAGUCAAACUAGGACCUAAACAGACUGGAACCAAGCAGGGAUUGCAACAAACACGUCACCUGGACAGGGCUCAUCCUGACUGGGGCUCGGAGUGACGCCUGAUAAGAGCCACCAGCUGGACAGCCGCUCUUGUCCCGAUCUGCCCUUGUUUUGCAUCGGGUGGAAAGUCCUCUGAGACGUCAUUGCUAGCUGAACUCGGUUGAACAACCACAGCAGAGGACUAGCGUUGUUGUGGUGCCUGGUCAUCUGGUGCAUCUGGAGCAUGUUUGACUGCAUGGAGGCUCUAGGCAUGGCCCCCCGGCCGCUCUACGACGUAUCCACUCAGGGGACCUGUAUGCUGGGCAAGGCCACGCCGUUCUUCCCUGGUCUGGACGCCUUUGCCUGGGCUGGGACGGCCAGUGUUCAGUCAGUGGAGACACAAAGCUCAAGCUCUGAGGAGAUGGUGCCCAGUUCGCCCUCUCCGCCCCCCCCUCCCCGCAUCUACAAGCCGUGCUUCGUGUGCCAGGACAAAUCCUCUGGCUACCACUACGGGGUCAGCUCCUGCGAGGGAUGCAAGGGAUUUUUCCGGCGCAGUAUUCAAAAGAACAUGGUGUAUACCUGCCACCGAGACAAGAACUGUCAGAUCAACAAGGUGACCCGGAACCGUUGUCAGUACUGCCGACUUCAGAAGUGCUUCGAGGUUGGCAUGUCCAAAGAAGCAGUGCGUAAUGACAGGAACAAGAAAAAGAAGGAUGUGAAGGAGGAAGUGGUUUUGCCAGAGAGCUAUGAGCUCAGUGGAGAACUGGAAGAGCUAGUCAACAAAGUUAGCAAGGCCCACAAAGACACCUUCCCCUCACUCGUCCAGCUGGGCAAAUACACAACAAACUCCAGUGCAGACCAUCGCGUACAGCUGGACCUGGGGCUGUGGGAUAAGUUCAGUGAACUCUCCACCAAGUGCAUAAUCAAGAUAGUGGAGUUUGCCAAGCGCCUGCCAGGCUUUACCACGCUCACGAUCGCUGACCAAAUUACUCUCCUCAAAUCAGCAUGUCUGGACAUACUGAUGCUGAGGAUCUGUACUCGCUACACUCCAGAGCAGGACACUAUGACCUUCUCUGAUGGUCUGACCUUAAACCGGACCCAGAUGCACAAUGCCGGUUUUGGCCCACUCACAGAACUGGUGUUUGCCUUUGCUGGUCAGUUGCUGCCUCUGGAAAUGGAUGACACAGAAACUGGCCUCCUCAGUGCUAUCUGCCUUAUCUGUGGAGACCGUAUGGACUUGGAGGAGCCGCAGAAGGUGGACAAACUACAGGAACCUCUUUUGGAGGCCCUGAAGAUCUAUGCCCGCCGCAGACGCCCCAACAAGCCCCACAUGUUCCCUCGCAUGCUGAUGAAGGUCACUGACCUCAGAGGCAUCAGUACCAAAGGAGCGGAGAGGGCAAUCACUCUGAAGAUGGAGAUCCCAGGGCCCAUGCCUCCGCUGAUCAGGGAAAUGCUGGAGAACCCGGAGGCCUUUGAGGACAGCAGUGACUCUGGGGACAGGCCUCCGCCCCCCCCUGCCAUCCAGGCCAUCAAAAAAGAGAGGGAGGAAGAGAAGAGCCCGGAAGAGGAGGAUGAGGAGGACGAGUGGGGGGAUGAGGAGAGGGAAAGAGGAGCAGACAGUGAUGGAGAGACCCUCCGAGAGGCCGUGGCAGGGGAGUCCCAGAAGGGGGCUGCAGGAAGAGUCCAGUGAGAGACAUGGUGAUGCACUCUGACCCGUUCACAUCUCGUCCUACUCCACCCUCCGCCCGCAGAGACCAACACUCCCUGACCUUUCUCUACAUGAGCAACCUGGUCUCCAAGACAUAGCACUCACCUCUGCUGUCACACGCGCACACACACAAACACAUAACACACACACACACACACACAUGCUAAACCCAUGACAAUUAGCCCUUUGCUCUAGAAUCUAGAUAAACAUUGAAGUGAAGGCUCCAUUGUGUAGUGGACCUACUCUGACACUCCAGGAUGAUAAUGGGCUCUAUAGGAACAGAUGGAACAUGUCAUCUGGGAAAUAAGAUACUUUUUUAGAAGCACUAAGUCAGCCAAAUCACACAAAGUCAGUACAAGUGUCCUGAAAAACCGUAUGACGCUUUACAAUGCUGUUUCCAAUGGAAGAAAAACACAAGGAGAUACUGAACUUUGUAAAGCAGCUUGGAUGGAGCGGCGGUGAAACGCACUCCCUCGCUUUCCUUAAGGACUACAAAAUCUUAACAUGGAAACUAAUCACCAUGAAUGCCUUUGAGGAAAACAUUUGCAAUUGAUAUUUCAUUGUACAAGCAAUGUUCGAUUGUAUGAUUUCGCCCGAAAACAUGUACGCAAUGUCGUCAUAUUCCUUUAUAUUGCUAGGAACCUUCUCUUUUGCUGUUGUUUGCUUUGGGCGUCAGUCAUGCUCACAUUUGCUGAGCAAUCUCAGACUAGCAGUAGAUUCUCAUCAGGAAACCCAAUUCACAAACUGGCAACUCUGUUGUGAUCUUUUUGUCAGUUGUCGUUCUGACUAAUUCGGGUAGAGCUUAAUAUAGAUCUCUGCUCAGUGAGACAAACAAAAGGAAGGAUUUGACCAACGGACUACGGCCCAUUAAAAACUGUAGGGGUGAGCGACACGCACACAGUUCCUAAACAACCAGACACACAUGUUCAGUGUCCAUAAACAUGUGCAAGGUCAUUCUGUGUAAUUUGGUGCCAAGGCUUUGACUCAGGGUGACUCUACAAACAGAUCAAAUCUCCCUAAUGAAUGUUCAAGAAAAUCCCAAGUGUGGAGUUAGCUCCGGUUCCUCCAACCACCCUGUUGUCUUCAUUACCAAGCCAUUGAACAGGGAUCUGAAUGUGAGAGAACUCGCUUGUAGUUGGAAUUUCCUUUUGUUCUGUGUGUGUGCCUGCAUGUGUGUGUUUGUGUGUGUGCGUGUGCGUGCAGGUACAUACACACAUUACUCUCUGUGUUUCUUGUUACUUAUAUAACAUAUAUUUAGUUUUUUUUUGCCUAUUUUACCAUAGAACAGAUGAGACAGUAUUUUGGAAACCGUCUCCAUAGUCCAUGCAACAAAUCGUAUUGUGGAUUUGGUUACUGCGGUCAUAAAUACAAGUAUUCAUUCGUAAAGUUAAUCUAUGCAAGACUGGGAUUUUGUAAACAGAAAGAGGAUAAAAGUAAUUCUGCAUUUCUUAUUUAUAUUAUUUCAGUUGUACACAUUACAUAUCAGAAAUGUUUCUGCUGAAUUUACAGCUUGAAUAAGUUUGUCCUUGUAAAAUGACUACAUUUAAAUAUCUAAAUGUCCACAAGUGAUAUUCCACCUAUUUCCUCUACAAACUGAUCUUCCUGCCCUACCCAUUACUGUACUAGAUAUGGGACCAGGGAUGUUUAUGCUCAUAAUAACUCACAUCAAUAGAAUAAUCAGAUUGCACACGGUCCGCGUCUUGCUGUUGGCCUCUAAGCUAUGGCCAACAGGCACUGCAGUGUGGGCACUCUGAAAGUAUGUGUCUGUAAAGCAUUAACAUGUACCUCAGGCUGAGUAACAAAUGGAUUUUGAAAUAAUCCCUAGGGUGCAUUGGGAGUGAUUUACACUUUCAUGUCAGCAGCCAAAGCACAGCCCUACCUCUACUCAGUUCUUGGCCAAGCCCUCUAGGAGUAGGGGAGUGGUUUGCCUACACAAUCACACCCUGAUGCUAAAACUUCAAACUUUACUGCAUAUCUGACAGCACUCGUUUCAUAUAAAAGCCAUAUUUACUGUGUGGAUGUGUGUGAGUGUGUGUGUGUGUGUGUGUCCUCAAAAUGCUGAAAAACUUUCUCAUAAUAUUACUGGCACAAGCAAUAUUUUUAUACCAUGGUUAUACCCUUUAAAUGGGAUAUUAGUUCAGGUUCCUGAGGUUUUGGGAGGAAUAUCAGUAACCAAUAAAUUGAUUAAGUAUUAUUAUUUUUUAUUGCUUUGAUGUUAUAUAGUCAAUAUUUUGAUAAAAGCUAAGCAGAUGUAGCAAAGAGCCAGGGUGCUUGUGAAUUUAGCAAGCACUUAUCAAGCACGAACUAUGUACAGUAAAUAGGGCAUAUAUUUUGGACAAAAGCUUUAUUAACAGCAGCGGAAAUAAAGUGUCAUUGUUUGAUGCCAAUAAUAAUAGAAAAUAGAUUGGCCAAAUAAAAAAGAAUGACAUUCAUGACAAAUCUCAAUUAGGCAUAUCUUUCAAAAAAAAUAACAGUUUAUUUCAGAAAUCCAGGUUUUUAAUUUCUCCAGGAGGUAACACACAGGACAUUUAUAAUCCUAGAACUUGGAGUUCUGGAAAACCUGACAAUUGAAGUUUCUUUGUAUUUUUCAUUCCUAUGGGUGCCGUUUCCUGACUUUGUAUUUUAUUUUAGUUUUUGUUUGCUUUUUACAGCUUUUGCUAUAACUGAUAAUUAUCUUUUUAAUGCUUGAGGAUUGUGGUUAUUCUCUGAGAUAAAGAAUUGCUUUUGAGAAUGUACAUACUUAUCUUAGUUGUCCUUUUUGUUGAUAUUACUUUUCACAACCAUAAUAUAACUUUAAUAAAAUAAAAUAAAAAAGGAUACACAGUUUUAUUAUAAAUUCAGGAAUUUCAAAAUCAACCUAGGAUUUGUAUUUCUGUUGGUGUAAAAGCAUUACAUUCCUAGUUUUUGUAUGUGCUCUUGUGAGAUAAAAUAUACUUGUAGUUCAUGUUUUUCUGUUGUAUCAUGUCAUUUGUCCCUUAUCAAAGUUAGUUUAGUUUUAAAGACAAAUGUUUUAUUGUCAUUAAUAUUGUUGUCUUCAUGU